AUUAGGAAAAAAAAACUGUUCUUGUGAAAUAACUAGUUUGUUAUAUAUGUAUAUAUUAGUGAUUAAAUGGGGGAUUCACAACAAGAAAAUAAUAGAGGGAAGGGUAAGGACAAAGAUGGCUAUGUAGCUUGGACCAUGGAGGAAACUAGUGAGUUGUUGUACCUUUUGGUGGAUGCUAUAAAUAGAGGGUUACGUGAUGCCAAUGGGUCCCUUAGUAAACAAAAUGUAGAGCGAGCUAUCCUUCCUCAGCUCAAUGCCAAAACUGAAUCACAUAAAACUUAUAAUCAUUACUUGAGCCGAAUGAAGUGGUUUAGAAAUCAAUACAACAAGAUGUCAACGUUUAUGCGUAACAACUCUGGUUUUGGAUGGGAUUCCGUUGCGAAGACUUACACGGCUACUGAAGAAGUAUGGAAUAAUUACUUAAAGUCCCAUCCAUCUCACAAAAAUCUUCAAGGAAAAAGUAUGAUUGAUUAUGAUUAUUUGAAGAUUGUUGUUGGAGGUGGAGUGUCUAGCGGAAAUAAUUCUAUAGCAUUAGACCCUGAGGAUACUGAUGCAACAACUUUUGAGCAAGAAAGUGAAAGUUUUGGAAUGGAAGAUUUUUCAUAUGAUCCCAAUAGUGAUACAUUCAUAACACCAGAUAACUAUGAACCAGCGUACCAACCUCCAUCACCUAACCAACCUACCCCAUCACCUAACCAACCUACUCCAUCACCCCAUUUUUCUUUAAAUUCAGAGGCUCCUAUUGAAAAACGAAAUCGCCAUAAGAGAAAUAGAUCCGAGUACGAAAGGAGUUCUGGCGUUGGGAUCAACAAUCAAGGACCUGCUAUGGAAAACCUUUCUUCUAGCAUUGGGACUAUCGCUGUGCACUUUGAAAAGAUGUCUAACAUGAUGGAGAAAAGAGAAAAGGAUAGAGAGCUGAAGAAUAAUAUUUGGGAUAUUAUAAAAGAUAUUCCAAAUUUAGAUGACAAAACUCGUUUCAAAAUUGCUGAAUUGAUGAAGUCUAAAGCAAAUAAGGACCUCUUCUUGAAGAUGUCACCGGAAGACCGCUUGUCUUGGAUAAAAUUCAAGUUAGGGGACGAUUAAUAUUUGGUCAUCUGUGUGUUAUUUGAACAUC